AUGCUUAAUGCUUCUGAAAUUCAAUUUCGAGUAACUGCAGCUGCAUCAACCACCAAGGAUCCUCAACCUCCGGUCCCCACAGCCCCAACAACUACCGCCCCAACCGCUGCCGAACCCUCACCGCCACAACCUCCUCAACCAUCACCAUCACCAUCACCACCACCACAAUCACAACCUCCACCUUCUCCUUCUCUUUCUCCUUCUUCUUCGUCUCUCCCUCCAUCUUCUUCUUCAACUCCCCCAAAUCCAAACCCUAGCUCCGUACAAAUGCCAACAACAACCUCCAAACCGCUCGCACCAUCCCCAGCCCCUCCUCAACCUCGCCACACUCCUCCUUCCUUCAGCCGCAACCCGCCACCGCAACCACCGCAGCAGCAUCAGCCUCACUCUCACUUCUCGUCACUCCCUCCAUCUUCCUCUGCCGCUGCUCCUCCUCCUUCGCAAUCCUCUGCCUCUCCGUCCGUUUCUGCCGCUCCGCGUGGCGGCAUGGCGAUCGGUGUGCCCGCGCACCACCAGAGCCCUUCCCCUCCGCCAUUCUCCUAUUCCUUUGGUCAGCAUUUCGGUGGUUUGGGCCGAACCGGAGUUAGCGUCGGAGAAUCUGCCUCCAAUAAUGCAUCUUCUCAGGUGAGACCACCAAUGCAAGGAAUGGGAAUGUUGGGUUCGCUUGGAUCUGGAUCACAAAUGCGGCCAGGUGGGAUACCUGCACAUCAACAGAGACCUGUUCAAUCAUCUCUCAGACCACCACCCCCUGCACAGAAUAGUCCAACUACUAUUUCGCAAAGCUUCCAAGGGCAUGGACUUGUAAGAACCUCAUUAAUGGACUUGUAA